AAGUAAAUAUUUACCUUAGGGAUUUAUGGAAAUACCACAAAGAAAUGGAGAGAUCACUAAGUGAUUUACGCGAAAGAAUCAAAUUGCUGCUGCCAGAGUUUCUAAAAUUUCUAAAGCCAACUGUUGUACUUUUUGAAAUACAGGGCUUGUCAGUGGAGCUCCAAGAAAAAAUUUGUGAAAAUGAAAAAAGAAGUCGAACAGAAGCUGUUGCAUUACUGAUAAAUGCAGUCUCUGUAAAUGAAAACUUGACAGAGAAAUUUGUAGUGGCUUUAUCUGAUGGAGGUUAUCAAAGAUUCAUCGAUCUUAUAAAUAAAGAAUAUCCAGACAGGGGAGACAAGUUUUGCCAGGACUACUAUGAAUUUUUGAUUUGUUAUAUGAAGGGAGACCUCCUUGAAAGGAUAGAACCAUUAGAUAUCUGUGGGUUUUUAUACCAGAAUAAAUGCCUUGAACUGAGUGAUAUGGAGGCAAUAAGAUCAGAAUGCAAUUCUAAUGGAAAAUUUCAAGCAUUUCAAGAACUAUUUUUCAUGAUGCAAAGAAGAAGGGAUAAUUGGCCAGGUCUGUUUAUGGAAGCUUUAAAAGAAUCAGGAAGAGAAGAUUUAAAAGCUAAGAUGGAUCCAGGAGCAACACCAGAAGAACUUGAGAGGACUGGUGUUACAGUUGGUCUACAGCAAAAUCAAGAUGUACCUAUCACAGAAAUUUAUACUAGAGUCUCUGAUGACCAAACAGCUGUAAAAAGGGUUGUUACACCAGUACAUGACAAUGAUGAUGAAGAGGAGCUAUCAGAACAACUAAGUGCUGUAGGUCUGGCUGAAGAUGGAGAUAAAGCUGGACUGGAUUCUGAUUAUGAAGAUGAAAAAUAUACGAAAGAAGGUACUGAAAAAGAGUUUUCUAAGCCAAAGAAGAUCAUGUUACGUGAUUAUCAACUUGAAUUGGCAGAAAAAGCUUUGACUGGUAAAAACACUGUGAUAUGUGCUGAUACUGGUUCUGGUAAAACCUGGGUGGCUCUACAUAUAGUGCAGGAGCAUAUUGACAAACUUAAGCUUAAAAAAGAAUCACCAAAAGUUGCAUUUAUGGCAAGAACCAACCCAUUAGUACAACAGCAGUACACAUUAUUUAAAUAUUUCCUUGGAGAGAAAAUGGUAUAUAUUAUCAACAAAGAUGAGAAGACAACAGUUCCUCUGAAGAAACUAAUGGAAAUUUAUGAUGUAUUUUUCUUCACCCCACAAAUUCUUAUUAACAACAUAGAAAAAGGAGACACAAGAAUACCACAAUUCACACUUUUGAUCUUAGAUGAGUGCCAUCAUACAGCUAAAGGGGAACCCUACAACAACCUAAUGAGAAAAUAUAUAAAAACUAAGCAUAGGAAUGAAAAUAUUCCUUUACCACAGAUUGUUGGAUUAACUGCUUCAAUAGGAGUUGGGGCAGCUACCACAGAAGAUGGUGCCAUAACUCACAUGAUCAAGAUCUUCAGUAACUUAGAUGUGCAUGAAAUCUCCACUGUGGAGAGAAAUAAAGAAGAGAUGAAGAAAUUUGUGGCUAUUCCAACAGAAGAGCAUGUGAAAAUGGAAGUUAGCUAUGAGGACCCUUGUAAAAGUAUCAUUGAAGAAGAAAUGAAACAAGUAGAGAAUAUAUAUGAGAAUCUAAUGAAAAGAAAAGGAGUUUUGAACACCCGUCAAAACUUACCAGGGGGAGAUUACUUAUCCAAGACAUAUCUGGGAUCAAUCAUUAAACUGAAGAAUCAGAUUAUGUGUGAUACUACACUGCCAGAGAACACUGGACGAGAAAUGAUAUGUUGUCUAACCCACCUUGGCAUACUCCAUGAAGCCCUAGAUAUAAAUUAUCUGAUGAAUGUUGAACAUGUUGUCCAGUUUCUGAAUAAAAAAUAUGUUGAGGAGAAUCAGCAGCCAGAUAGAUUGAUAGCUAUAGAGAGGAGGCUUCUUAAUUUUGGGAAAGACCUCAUCAGAACAUUUAAAAAACAGACAAAUAUCAGACCAAAUCCAAACCUUCGUCUGAUUGAGGAGAAACUUCAAGAACUCUAUAGUGAAUCAGGCAAAGAAUCGCUUGGUAUGAUAUUUGUACAGACCAGGGCAACUGCAAAGUCCCUAGCAGAAUACCUUAAUGAAAAACUAGAGGGAUUAGAAAUACCUGUCAAACCAUUCAUUGGCUCCAAAUCUUCUGAAACAAGUGAUGGGCUGUCUGAAACUGAAAAGAAGGAGUUAUUGGAAGACUUUAGAAGCCACAAGAUAAAGCUAUUGGUUGCUACUUCAGUUGGAAGUGAGGGCAUUGAUGUUCCAGAGUGUAAUAUUGUAAUGAAGUAUAAUUACUCAGGAAAUGAAAUCAACAUUAUUCAAAUGAGAGGUCGUACGAGGAAAGCAGGAGGUCAGGCUAUCUACAUAAGCGAUCAAUCUGUUCUAAGACGGGACCUUGUCAGUAUGGAAAAAGCUGCUGUAAUGCAUAGAGCACUUGACGAAUUGAAACAGAAAGGAAAAGAUGAAAUAAGGGCAAUGAUAUUAACAGAGCAAAAAAAUGACUUAAAACACCAGGAAGAUCAAGAAAAAAAACUGAGAGAUUUACAGAAUCAGAAAAAGAGAGGCUUGUUCAAACUUGUGUGUGCAACAUGUAAAGAGACUGAAAUAAAUGGAGAUAACAUAAAACUUUAUAAGCAAAAUCAUCAUGUGGCUGCAGAGAGGGAAUUUUUGGAUAGGGUCAAAAAGGAGGAUAUUAAAGAACAAAAAAUAAAUCAGAUGAUUAGAAAGUCAAUAAUUUAUUGUAAAAAAUGCCCACAAAAGUUGGGGAAGAUAUUUUUAAUACAUGAUUUAGAAGUGCCUCUUUUAAAAAUUGAUGCAUUUUUAUGUAAAGAAGGUGAUAAAUUGAGAAAGUACAAAAACUGGAAAUUUGUUCCAUAUAUUAUUGAUGAGAUCAGUCACAAAGAUUUGGAAAUUAUAUUCCCAAAGUUGACAACACCAGAAGUGUCAUAGCUUUACACCAUACAAUAUGUGCAUGUUUCUACAUUUUUAUGAUGCUCCAAGCAAAAAUGUAUCUUUAUAUAGCUAUCAGUUCUCAUGGUCUUGGUGGAAGCCACCCAGUAAAGUUUUCCGCUCACCUGCGAUGAAAGUCGCGGAAAGCGAGACAUAUGGAUUGCUAUUCCGGUAAUGGCUGUGGCGGUGGCAUCAACAAUUGUUAAGUUUUCUGCUUAAGUUAGUUUGAUCUGAAUUACUUGAGAUAGAUCAUUGAUAUUAAUAUAAAGUUGCAUUACUAUCAGUACAUAUCAGUUUGAUUACUAUUUCGAUGCCCUGCCCCCAAGGUCAUGGUCCAGCAACUUACUGAAUUACUGAACUAGCAAUUUUCAAUAUAAGGUUUUCUGCUUAAGUUAGUUUGAUAGGAACUACUUGUGAUAGAUCAUUGAUAUUUAAUAUGAAGUUGCAUUACUAUCAGUACAUAUCAGUUUGAUGACUAUUUUGAGGCCCUGCCCCUAGGUCAUGGUCCAGCAAAUUUGAAUUAAUAAACAAUGUUGCUGUCCAUCAGAUUGUCUUUUUCUUAAUUUUAUGUGGACAGGCAAGACAUAUCUCUGUGUCAACAGUUUAUUGAAGAAAUUGCUGGAAUGUCCCACCCUGUUAUUGUGUGCUUUGAAUGAAAGACAUGAUUUGAAGGAAAUAACAAAUAAUGAUGGAAGUACAAAUAAGAUUUCUAAUAACAUUAUUUUUGUAAAAAAAAAUCAUUCCAACAGAUUUUAUUGAUGCAUGUUCACUAGCAUUAUUUGAUAAAAAGUAAUUUUCAUAUUUGGCAGCAAUUUAAAAUAAUUAUAUCAUAUCAUGAAUCAUUAAAUUAAUAGGAUUGAUGUAGUUUUGUAGUACAAUUUCUUAAAUAUGUUAUGUCACAAAGUGAUUUGUUUAAAAAAAAAAUUAUUUAUGUAAUAGAAGAACUUUUUUUACAUUUUAUCUUGCCACAAUAUAGCUUUUUGCCAUUCUGCCUAUAAGGCAAACUUCAAUUGAUCAACUUUAAAUGAUCAUUCACUGUUAUAUGUCCUAAUAACAAACAUUAAAAAAAAAUAUAUCUGAUUUGAUAUUCUCACAUGAUUCUUAUGCUGACAUUUCUACAGCACUUGAUUUCAUCCAUGAUUUUUCAUGGGGUUUAUGUUAAUUUUUUUUUUUGUAUAUCUAGUUUUUCAGACUGUUUUUUUUUCUAUUUUUGCCUCCCCUCAAUGAAGUCUCAAAGGUGAGACCUAGGCAUGCUGUUUUGAGAAUUUGCAAGAUCAACAAUGUACUGGUCUGUGAUUAGGUUUAUACAUAAAAAAAUAAGAAAAUGUGGUAUGAUUGCCAAUGAGACAACUCUCCAUAAGAGACCAUAUGACAUAUAGAUUAACAAUUAAAGGUCACAGUAUGGCCUUCAACAAUUAGCAAAACCCAUACCUCAUAGUCAGCUAUAAAAGGCCCUGAAUGACAAAUGUAUGUUGUCCUUUGAAUAAAAGACCUGAUUUGAAGGAAAUAACAGAUAAUGAUAAAGUUCAAAUAGGAUUUGUUUUUUAGCAUCCCUAAAUCUUGACAUGAAUUUAUAAUUUUUUCUAAUAACAUCAUUUUUGUAAAAAUUCAUUCAAAAAGAUUUCAUUGAUGCAUGUUUACUAGCAUUAUUAAAAAAAAAGUAAUUUUCAUCUUUGGCAGCAACUUAAAAGAAUUAUAUCAUAUAAUGAAUCAUUAAAUGUAUAGGAUUGAUGUAGUAUUGUAGUACAAUUUCGUAAAUAUGUUAUGUCACAAAGUGAUUUGUUUAAAAAAAAUAAUUUAUAUAAUAGAAUUGUUUUUUAAUUUUAUCUUGCCACAAUAUAGCUUUAUGCCAUUCUGCCUAUAAGGCAAACUUCAAUUGAUCAACUUUAAAUGAUCAUUCACUGUUAUAUGCCCUAAUAACAAACAUUAAAAAAAUAUAUAUCUGA